UAUUGUCGUCUCUAUAACGUCAGGUGAGUAGCUAUCCCCUUUCUAUCUCCUUCCACCGUUUUCCCCUCCUUCGCCCUUAGCCUCCGCUUCACCGCACCCAUCACUUUUAUCUACGAAUUCAUCGAUUGUGUUGUGCUGCACUUCCCGGGCUGGCUGCUCUGAGAAUCACUCGCCUUCUCUAUACAAUGUGGUUAGGGGGUCGAAUUGCGGUGUUCGGUGUUGCGAGUCCUCUGCCGAUACUGGAGUCUCCCCCAACCGCGACGGUGGUCUCACGGCAAACGGGUGGAGGGCGAUCAACAAUGACGAGAUCUCCUCGAUAUACACUGUCAACAAAAACCGCAACACUCUUGAGCCAGGUUUUGUUCGCAUAUGGAUUUUCCGCGAUCGCAAAGGCCGUCCGGGUUGGGUUCUGGAGCGUAUCUCGCUAUCAGCCGUGUGACGGGCAGGCAGGGCAGACCUGGGCAGCUUUUGCUCACAGCCUCACUUUCCCAUACCCCGUGAUAGCCGCAUUUCUGCCCCUCACCUGGUUUUCUAGAACCCGGAUCUUGUUCUUUAUUUAUCUCCUGCUCUGUUUCGCGCCUGAUUUAUUUUUAUUGCCCACGUUGUGAGAUGCCAAAUUACUCGAUCUAUCAAUACCAGACCAGACGCACUCUUUAACAGAAUCCGACCGUCGCUAACAUCGUCUUCGUUUGGACAGAUACUCUCAACAUGGGUCACGAAGAUGCUGUUUACCUGGCCAAGCUCGCCGAGCAGGCUGAACGCUACGAGGAGAUGGUCGAGAACAUGAAGGUUGUCGCCUCCGCCGAUGUAGAGCUCACUGUUGAGGAGCGGAAUCUCCUGUCCGUUGCCUACAAGAACGUCAUUGGUGCCCGCCGUGCGUCCUGGAGAAUCGUCACCUCCAUCGAGCAAAAAGAGGAGUCCAAGGGCAACGAAUCUCAGGUUACCCUCAUCAAGGAGUAUCGCCAGAAGAUCGAGGCCGAGCUUGCCAAGAUUUGUGAUGAUAUUCUCGAGGUCCUCGACAAGCACCUGAUCCCCUCUGCCCAGAGCGGCGAGUCUAAGGUCUUCUAUCACAAGAUGAAGGGUGACUACCACCGUUACCUUGCCGAGUUCGCUGUUGGCGACCGCCGCAAGGGUGCUGCUGAUGCCUCUCUCGAGGCCUACAAGAGCGCUACUGAAGUUGCUCAAACCGACCUUGCCCCCACUCACCCCAUCCGCCUCGGUCUGGCUCUUAACUUCUCGGUCUUCUACUACGAGAUCCUCAACUCUCCUGACCAGGCUUGCCACCUCGCCAAGCUUGCUUUUGAUGACGCUAUUGCUGAACUCGACACCCUUAGCGAAGAGAGCUACAAGGACUCCACCCUCAUCAUGCAGCUUCUCAGGGAUAACCUGACCCUCUGGACUUCGUCCGAGGCCGAGCCCGCCCCUGAGAACGCCCCCGCUGAAAAGAAGGAGGAAGCCCCUGCCGAGGGUGAGAAGCCCGCCGAGUAA